UAUUGUAAUGCAAUAGUGAAUCGCUUGGAUCUUUCAUAACUUGAAUACGGAAAUUGCUUGUCAAAACAUUCUUUCUAUUUUAGAUUAUACUGCGUUGUCAAUGUAUACGUUUUUUGAAAUUGGGAAAAAAUACAUUAGGUCGCGCUCACUACGUUACUUAAAACAAAUCCAAUAUGACUGCGCAAAUUUAAAUAUAAACCGAAUUGUUUCGACACAUUCAUUAAUUGUGCUUGUUAGAGAAAUAUAAAAACGUACAUAGCAACAUUUGCCUACUGAAAAUUGCAUCUGGCCAUUUCACAGCUAUGCCACUGUUUGGCAAAAAGGACUCGGGCAAGAAGGCCAAAUCAAAAGACACAAAAGAGUUAAACAAACAGAUUUCGAUUGAAGAGAAAUAUAACCUCCACGGUCUAUUAGGAACGGGAGCUUUUUCUGAGGUGCGCUUGGCUGAAAGUAAAGAGACACCUGGUGAUCAUUUUGCCGUGAAGAUAAUUGAUAAAAAAGCUCUAAAGGGUAAAGAAGAAUCGUUGGAAAAUGAGAUACGAGUACUUCGAAGGUUCAGUGCAAAUCAUUUCGAUGGCAACAGUUCGAAUGGAGAGCGACUUACACAUCCUAAUAUUGUGCAGCUACUAGAAACUUAUGAAGAUAAGGCAAAAGUGUAUCUGGUUAUGGAAUUAGUAACUGGUGGAGAAUUAUUCGACCGGAUUGUAGAGAAGGGCUCGUACACAGAAAAAGACGCAUCACAUUUAAUAAGGCAAAUCUUAGAGGCUGUCGACUAUAUGCAUGAACAGGGCGUUGUACAUAGGGAUCUAAAGCCCGAAAAUCUAUUAUAUUACAGUCCACAAGAUGAUAGUAAAAUAAUGAUAAGCGAUUUCGGAUUAUCGAAAAUGGAAGAUUCCGGUAUUAUGGCAACAGCUUGUGGAACUCCUGGAUAUGUUGCACCUGAAGUUCUAGCCCAAAAACCAUAUGGGAAGGCUGUUGAUGUCUGGAGUAUAGGGGUGAUAUCUUAUAUACUGCUCUGUGGCUACCCCCCAUUUUACGAUGAAAAUGAUGCCAAUUUAUUUGCACAGAUUCUUAAAGGUGAAUUUGAAUUUGAUUCGCCUUACUGGGAUGAAAUUAGUGAAUCAGCGAAACAUUUCAUCAAAAACUUAAUGUGUGUUACAGUUGAAAAGCGAUACACAUGCAAACAAGCAUUAUGCCAUCCUUGGAUCUCGGGUAAUGAAGCCAGCAGCAAAAACAUUCACGGCACUGUUUCGGAACAACUUAAGAAAAACUUUGCUAAGUCGCGUUGGAAGCAAGCUUAUUAUGCUGCCACCGUCAUCCGACAAAUGCAGCGAAUGGCGUUAAGUAGUAGUACGGCUAAUGUAAUUGAUGAAACGCCAUCUAAUAGUAUAACUGGCAAUGGUAACCAACGAAAUUCUGUUGCAAAGGAGACUCCUAGUAAUGUAGAUGCAUCUUUUAAAGCAGCGCAAUUAAGCACUUCAACCGAUUUGAAUUUGGAGGAAUCAGCGCAAUAAUCAUCGGAGACCCAUAGCGACAUGAACAAUCCUCUUCAAAGAAUCUCGCCAAAUUGUAGUGUCCGUGGCCAAACCGAACCAACUAAGUUCGUCUAUAGCAAGAUAAUAUACUGAAUUGUUUACAAACCUCAUCCCUAUAAAUUAAUUAAAAUCGGAAUGCUAUUAAGUCGUUUUCAACUCAAUUUUAAUUUAUUCAAAAUUUGUUUAGGCAGAAAUCAGCACAUGUUCAUCAUAAUUUAAGUUAGAGGUGCCCAAGCUUUGAUUACGACAGAAUAAUAAGCAAUACACAUAAAUAAGACCAUAAUUAUAUUAUAUUUGUUUGUUAGAUUUGUAUUUUCUUUUUGUAGUGCUUACUACAGAGAGAGUGUUGUGUAUAUGACAACGAUUGGCAGCAAUUUGGCGGGGACACCUCUGACUUAAAUGCUAGAUAACCUGAAAUUGUACAUUUUCCUAUUAAUUUCACAACUUAAUAUUUGUAAAUUUGAACUACUUAUAUAAAUAUUCUAAAACAUUUUGAAAUUUAAUAAUAAAAAUUGUUUAAAUACCCUUCAAAA